ACAAGAAACAGUCUCUCGUACCCAAGUCAUGGAGUUUCUCUCGUUACUGAAAGAAACACCAGUUAGCACUUAAAGACUCCUGGACAAAAUGGACAGAAUAUUAGGUUUAUUAUUUUUAACCAGUAUUGGGAAUGUAAUAGGAAACCACCAUGAGAAGAUAAGUCCAGAAAACAUCACCCUGAUUCUGGAUCAGCUUCUUGAGGGCUACGACAACCGACUGAGGCCUGGAUCAGGAGGUUCUGUCACUGAAGUCAAAACAGAUAUAUUUGUCACCAGUUUUGGACCCGUGUCAGAUGUUGAAAUGGAAUUCACCAUGGACAUGUUUUUCCGUCAAAUGUGGGUGGACGAGAGGCUGGCGUUUAACGGUCCCAUCGAGAUCCUGCGCUUAAACAAUCGCAUGGUGGACAAGAUUUGGACUCCAGACACCUUUUUUCACAACUCGAAGAAAUCCCUGGCUCACAACAUGACAACACCUAACAAGCUCUUCCGCAUCAUGCAGAACGGCACGGUCUUCUACACCAUGAGGCUGACUGUGAACGCAGAGUGUCCCAUGAUGCUGACGGACUUUCCCAUGGAUGGCCAUAUUUGUCCUCUACGCUUCGGAAGCUAUGCCUACACCAGCAGUGAGAUUGUUUACACAUGGAGGAAAGGCCUGGAGCAGUCUGUGGUCAUCCCUCCAGAGUCCUCCAACUUACUGCAGUACGACCUCAUCGGACAGACGCUCUCCAGCAAAAUACUGAAGAUCAAUACAGGCCAAUAUUCUGUCAAGAUGGUUCAUUUCUUCCUCCAGAGGAAGCUCGGCUAUCAUCUGAUCCAAACGUAUAUCCCCCUCAUCAUGGUGGUUGUCCUGUCCCAAGUGUCAUUCUGGAUCAAUAAGGAGUCCGUGCCUGCUCGCACAGUGGCUGGAGCGACCACUGUCCUCACCAUGACCACACUGAGCAUCAGCGCACGCUCUUCCCUGCCCAAAGUGCCCUAUGCCACAGCCAUGGACUGGUUCAUUGCCGUCUGCUUCGCCUUUGUGGCCUCGGCCCUGGUCGAGUUUGCUGCUGUCAACUACUUUGCCACGCUGGAGGCCAACAGGAUGAGACGUCGACUCUCCAGAGCUUCUGUGCUGGAGUCUAUCGCUGAGGGGAGUGACGAUGAAGAUGAGUCGACGAUAUCUGACACAAGCACUGGAGAGCGACAAAGAAGGAGGAUGAACUCAGUUUCAGAAGCUCCAAAAAUGCGCCUGCCCAUCUUCCUGCAGCAGGGUUCAGCCAUCCCGCCCAACAUUACGCUGGCUGGCCCCAGUGUCAUUGACCAGUACGCUCGCAUGCUCUUCCCACUCGCAUUCGCCCUCUUUAACAUCAUCUACUGGUACAUCUACCUCAGCAAGGAUACCAUGGAGAAAUCGAGGGAGAUGGACUGAGUUUCUCCAGUGUGCAGUGUGCAGAAGAAUAUCUACUGCUCUCCUUUCGCUCGCUCUCCCUUUGUUCUUGGACUGUUUCAGUCUCUCUCUUCCUCUCUCCUCUGCUGUCUCUGACUCCUGAGGUCUGAUGAGGUCUGAUGGAGCACAGGCCCAUGUGACAGCUUGACAAGCGCGUGUAUUCUGUCACCCAUAUGGGUCUGUGAUCACACCCAUGCCCCGUGUUCCUCUCUGCUGUACCUUAACCCUGUGCAUGGAAAAUGUGCCCUGCUUCUGUGGCUGAGUGAGUAAGAAAAACAUUGAUGAUCUAAUCCUUAGCCCUAAUUGGUGAUGCAACAUUGAACCAGUGCUUUCAGAUACCUCUCUAGAGAGCCAGACCUCAGAGCACUGGAUGAAGAAAAAUGGCAAGGGUUCAUAUUCUUCAGGAGCUUCAAAGGUUUCUCCAUCCUGCACAGAAAACUCAAAAUCUCAAAGACAGAGAAAGACAGAGAGAGAGAGAGAGAGAGAGAGAGAGAAAGAGAGAGAGACACACACAUGAUUCUCUCAUGUCCUAAUUCCACAACACGUUUGUCUAAGUAGCAGUAAAGAUUCUGGGUUUGAGGAUUUAUUUGUGUUCUUGUGGAUUCUUGUGGAUUUAUUAAAGGUGCAGUUGGUCAGUUUUUUAAAUGUGCUUCUAGACCUGUAAUAAUCAUAUCAUUUUAGAAAUUUAAAAAAAAAAUCAGUGAUUUAGAAUAUCAACAUGCAAUGCAUUUGGCUUGUCUCUUCAUUUCAGACAUCUUUAUUAUAUUUUUCUGGCCCUGAAAUUAGCUUCAGCCUAAACAGACCAGUUCAGCUCUUCCUACGUUUUCCUAAAUGGUAACUCACAAGGUCUCUGUAGUUUCAUUAGAGAGUGUAAGGUAGGAUGGGGUUAAGAAGAAAGGCUGUUUUGAUUUAAAUCAUGUUCAUCUUACAGGCAGCAGAGCGCUCUUAAAUUACAAACUACUCCUUUAAAGUAUUUAUUAUUUAGAAAAAAUGGACUCUCUCUAAUCUUUAUCCAUGGAAUGUAGCUUUAAAACUUAUUUUAUAGAACAUUUGAGGCCACAUUUACAUUAUUUGUACCUCAGGGAGCAAAAAAUACUGUUCAGUACCCUUUUUUCUGUUAUGGAAAAAUCAAGUGAGACCUACUUAAAAUUGGAACAAACUGACCCACUGUAUAAUACAGUGGACAAAAUACAUUAUUUAAAGUAUUUGUAUGUACACUGUGUACUAUAUGCACUCCUGAUAAACACUGAAGAUCAGAACACAUCCUACAGUCCUGCAUAAUAUGAACAAAUGUGUUCUAAUUAUUUAUGGACUUACAAUCAGUUUGCUUGUGGGAUAAGAUUCAGUCUGUCAGAUUUUAAAAACAAAUCUAGUGACACCAACAUAUUUUUUGUAAACAAAACUGAUUGUAAAUGAAAUGUCUUUUUGUCUUACAAUAAACAGAUAGUUUAAAUUCUCCUGUAUGUGUGUAAUAACCCAGGCAUGACACCUCAUUAAUAAAUCAACAGUGUUGGUGAUUAUUGUGGUCUCUUUAGGUCACUGGCAUUUGGCAGAUGCCCUUAUCCAGAGCGAACUGUCCUCUGUCAUCAUUACUAUUAUUAUAAACUAAUUUAUUAUCAUGUUUUACUUUUCCAUUUCACUAUUAACUUGUGACCUUUAUCCUGUUUUUUUUUCAACAGUUAUUAAGAACUUAUUUAGCCUCUGCUGUAGCUGUGACAUAUUGUGAUUGGUCAGCAUCUAGCUCUUGUUCUUGUAGGCUAAUAACACUGGUUAAUCUGUCUUGUUAGCAAAAGCAAUAUUGCAGAGGUAGGCAGUGUUGCAUCUUUAUUGCUACAUUUGGAGACAGUAAAAGUGCCCACUACGUGCCCUUACAGUUGACAAAAAUGUGACAAAGUGCCCUCUAGGUGCCUUCUAGGUGCCCUUACAGUGGAGAAAACAUGAUAAUGUUACCUAUUGGUUGCCCUUCAAAUGGAAAAAAAGCUAUGAAAUGCCCUCUAUAUGCAGGAAAACGUGCUGAAGUGCCCUCUAGGUGCUCCUUCAGUGGAGAAUAGGUGGUGCAGUGCCCUAUAGGGUUUCCCUAUAUGUGAGGAAACAUGAUGAAGUGUCAUAAUGGAUGCCCUUCCAGUGGAGAAUAUUUGUGCCCUAUAGGGUGUAUACAGUGCCCUAUAGGGUGUACCUACAUAUGAGGAAAGGUGAAGUGUUGUAAUGGCUGCCCUUCCAAUAGAGAACACAUGAUGCAGUGCCCUACAGAGUGUACCUAUGUGUGAGGAAACAUGAUGAAGUGUCAUAAUGAGUGCCCUUCCAAUGGAGCAAAUGAGAUGCAGUGCCCUAUAGGGUGUACCUACAUAUGAGGAAAGAUGAAGUGUUGUAAUGGCUGCCCCUCAGCCUGGGUCCACCCCUGACCACACUGGUAAAUAUAAAUGCUUGCCAGUGACUAUAAGUGGUUUUAUUUUCUCA